UUUUGAUAUGAAAAUCUGUUAUGAAUAACAAUAAACCUUUCUUUGAACGCCCACGCAAAGCGGUUGCUAGGGUGGGGCUGACCGAUGCAUUAUUGAGACGGGUGUGGCUGAGAGAGGUAAGUAUGGAAGGAGAUGAGAAUGAAGCUGGCCUCCUAGCCAACUGUGUGGACGGAAUAAAGGAAGGAUUAAGGAAAAUCACCGUCUGCCAAGACUUAAAGAAAGAUGAGAUUUCAAAUCCAGUACUGCAAUCAAGUAGACACGAAAAAUCAGCACACAAAACUGACAUAACAAAAGUGAUUUUGGAUUCAUUGCCAGCUCUGCCCUCCUCAGAAAGAACUAUUGAGUGGAUCCAAAAUCUUCCUAGCCCUGACUUAUCAAACGAUAGUAUUCCUUCAUUAAGAGAUCUACCCAUGAGAGGAACGAUUCUGCCUACAAGAUACAGCCCUGAGGCUAUAGAAAUACAAGCAUCUAUUUCAUCCUCUCAACAAGACAAAGAUGAUGAUGUUUCAUCUCUCUCCCUGUAUGAGGAUGCAAGAGGAACACAUGGUAGAGGUACGCCACCAGCCAUACCUCAGGGUCAGCGGAGGCUGGAUUCCAUAUUCCUCAAGUUGGCACAGAAUUUGGAGAAAGAGGCAAGAAAGAGACUCAUAGCAACGGGGCAGAAGCACCUUCUCAGUUAUAACUUAAUGGAUGUGUACAGGCAUCAAGUAUCUGGACUGCCAUUAGGGACAACACCAGAGAUAGUCCCUUUCAUGUCACCUAGUGCAAUGACAAGUAAUGAAGAUGUCAGGCACCAGGUACCUAGGGUACUAUGUCCAAUAGCACACAGCACGAGCACUACAACCAGACCACUCAAAAAUACAAUUGCUGUAGCAUUCCAUUACUGUCAAUGGUCCAAGUGUCAGAGAUGCUUUCAGAGUAGUAGAGAGCUAUUGGAUCACAUUGAAAAGACACACAUACCUAUCUGCACAGCUGGGAAGCUGGCGUGCAGAUGGAAUGGAUGUGAUAGAAUUUUCUCAGUCCGCUACAAGUUACUACUCCACAUUAGUAAUGCUCACUGUCGUGAAGCAGUGAUAUUAGAUGAUAGAAAGGCAUUGCUUUCAGUUAAGCAAGUCUCAUUAAUGAAGCCAGGAAGGAAACAGCUUGCACCGAUCUCUAAUAACAGCAAGGCAAGAUUUCAAAGCUUGCUAGGAGGGCAGACAAAACAAGAUACUAACCAGAAAUCAAGAUUACCUACUAUACAGAAUAAUUACUGUUAUUAUUAUUAUUAAUAAUACAUUUUAUUGAUCGUGUUAAUUAGUAAACAACUAAAAACAAGAUCAA